GUUCAUUAAACAAAUUGUUCCGGUGAGUUCGUGUUUGAGAUUUGAACCAUGUCGACUAGGCAAGAGAAGGAGCGCAAGGCGGAGGCGGCGGCGACACAAGCGGCUGAUGAUCUUAAGGAUAUUAACCGUGGAAGAGAAUAUGAGGAGAGAGAAAGGGAAACAACACCGCGGCAACAGCAACAGAGCCCUGGAGUUAUCGGGACGGUGUUGAGGGCGGUGCAAGGAACAUACGAGCAUGCCAAAGAAGCCGUCGUGGGUAAAAACCACGAGGCGGCGGAAGUCACGACGGAGAAAGAAAACGAGGGUGCGGAGAAGGCGAAACAGGCAAAGGAUGCUACAAAAGAGAAGGCCGGUGAAUAUACAGAUUACGCCUCCCGGAAAACCAAGGAGACGGGAGACUCGGCGGCAGAUAAAGCUUCCGAGUAUACAGAUUAUGCAUCUCAGAAGGCAAAGGAGGCGAGAGACACUACAGCCCAAAAGACCAAAGAAACCAAAGAUUCAGUCACCGGUAAAGCUUCUGAAUAUACAGAUUAUACAGCACAGAAAUCUAAGGAUGCGAAGGAUGCUACAAUGGGGAAAGCGGCUGAAUAUAAGGAUUACACAGCUGAUAAAGCCAAGCAGGCAAGAGAUGCCACAGGGCAAAAGGCUUCCUAUUAUGCAGAUUAUGCAGCACAGAAAGCUAAGGAUACAAAGGAUACUACAAUGGAGAAAGCGGCUGCAUAUAAGGACUAUGCUGCGGAGAAAGCUAAGGAUGCAAAAGAUACAACCGCGCAAAAGGCUUCCGAAUAUACAGAUUAUGCAGCACAGAAAGCUAAGGAUGCAAAGGAUGCUACAAUAGAGAAAGCGACUGAAUAUAAGGACUAUGCAGCGGAGAAAGGCAAGGAAGCCAAGGACGCGACGGCUGAGAAGACAAAACAAGGUACAGAAUAUGCAGCAGAGAAAACUAGAGAAGGUAAAUAUUAUACCGCAGAAAAAGCAAAGGAAGGUAAGGAUGUUACUGUUAGUAAACUUGGGGAGUUGAAAGAUUCUGCUGCUGAUGCUGCUAAGAGAGCUAUGGAUUUCCUCACCGGGAAAACCGAAGAAACACAGCACAAGGCCGCAGAGAAUGCAGACAAGACCAAGGAGAAGUUGAGUGAAACAACCGAGUCAACAAGACAGAAAAUGGAAGAAAUGAAGCUGAGAGGUGAUGAAGGUGGACGGAAGACUCACAGUGGUGCUGGGAAACGCCAAGGCCGUGAAGGGUUGACGGAGACGAUAGUGGUUAAAGUUGAAGAAUCCCCAGCAGGAGCCAUUGAUGCUACCUUGAAAUCAUCGGAUCAAACUUUCAACGAUGUCGGGCGUGUUGACGAGGAAGGAUUUAUACGUGAUCGCUCGAGCAAAACCAAAAUGUGAAAUGGGAUCGG